GUUCAUCCGACAGACAGUUGAGGAAAUCUUUCAUUUUCCUUCCCGGCGGGUGGUGUGCAGACCCAGAGAAGACGUGGUUUAUUCAACCAGCACAUCCACAACGGUUUUCCUCCGGUUACCUCGUGGUUCAGAUCAGCCACCUCCUUUACACCAAAGCAGCUCUGCCUUAAUAUCACCACCUGCCGUAACCAAGCCACCCUGAAGCCUUCAAGAUGAUGCAGAUCAGCACGGACUCCGCCAGCAACAAGCACUCCCUCAUCAACGUCAUGCACCGCUUCAUAGCCGCCGCCAACAACAUGGACGAGACCAUCAUGGUGCCGAGCCUGCUGCGCGACGUGCCGCUGGAAGAGCGUGCGGCUGGCGAGCUGGAGCCCAACAACAACAAAAACAACCACGAGCCACCGUGUCCCAACAAGCAGCGGGACAUGUACGAGCACUACCUGCUCCUCAAGUCCAUAAAGAACGACAUGGAGUGGGGCCUGCUGAAGAGGGAAAUGAGCAGCGGCGCCAGCUUCCUGGAGAUGGCGGUGAAGCAGGAGGAGCAGCAGCAGGUCACUGGGGACCUCCUCCCGGACGAGAACACGGACCUGGAGAACCAGUUUCACUAUCACCUCAGAGGACUGUUUGGGGUUCUGUCCAAGCUCACAAUGCAAGCCGACCACCUCACCAACAGGUACAAGAGGGAGAUUGGAGGCGGAAACUUCAUGAGAUAGAAGUCACUAAAUGUCUUUUAUUCCCCCCCCCCCCACCCCCCCCUCCACCACCACCACCACACACCACCCCCUGGACUGCUUGACCUGCACAAUGGGAUGUGUUGAGGCCCCCCAAUUUCUUUCUGAUAGCUCUUAAGGGUCAGUGAACUGACCAAGGCGACUUCUCUCACUCCUGAGAAGCGACACAUCUUCCCUGACCAAAACAUGCCUGAAGCCAGUGACGCCUGCACCCGUCCCUCUGCCUUUCCCGGUGCAGGGGGACACUUUGCGUGGCCGAGGUUUAUUGAAUCUGUCCCCUGAGUCCACAUGAAGCCCAGCACUAGUUCAUGGAGAUGUAUGCCCUCCCUUUUUGUCUUCAUUUCAAGUUUGAACAUAAAUUGGUCACCAGAUUGUGAAUAAAAGGUUUCUGACUGUAGGAGAAAUUGAAUGCUGGUUAUUCUGUCCCUUUUUUUCUUUUCUUUCUCCAAUACAAUUUUAACGCUGAGCUGAAGGGCUCUAAAACCUGCUGAGGUUUUUCAAUCGUUCCACUUGGUAUUACUGUAACAUGGUGUGCCUUGACUUUUUCAUGCCCUGUUCACUUACUCCCCAUUGUCUGACUGCUUACAUGGUUCAUCAAAGUGUUCAUGAUACUAUUAAUUUGUCUGUCUUUGAAUAUUUCAAAUUUUAUAUUUAAACGGUUACACUGAAAUAAAAAAUUGGAAACUUUA